AUGGACGAACACUCAUUAACACUUCAAUGCAGCCUGAAGAAGUCCAGCGUCACACCGAAGCACUGGAGAAACCAGACAAGCUCUUCUUUCCCCUUGCACAUUUUCUACUCUUACUUCUCCCUUCGUCUCCUUUCUCGCCUUUUUCUUGCCGUCUUUCUCUUCCUCUUCUAUGGUAUAGGCAAGCUCUUCUUUCCCCUCGCACGUUUUCUACUCUUACUUCUCCCUUCGUCUCCUUUCUCGCCUUUUUCUUGCCGUCUUUCUCCUCCUCUUCCUCCUUUAUCGCACAGACGUGCUCUUCCUUCCCCUUGCACAUUUUCUACUCUUACUUCUCCCUUCAUCUCCUUUCUCGAUCUAUCUAUCUAUCUAUCGCAGUCUCUUCAGGAUCUAUCUAUCUAUCUAUCUAUCUAUCUAUCUAUCUAUCUAUCUAAGUCUAUUCAUUAUCUAUCUAUCUAUCUAUCUAUCUAUCUAUCUAUCUAUCUAUCUAUCUAUCUAAGUCUAUCAUUAUCUAUGUUUGUAUGUAUGUAUGUAUGUAUGUAUGUAUCUAUCUAUCUAUCUAUCUAUCUAUCUAUCUAUCUCAGUCUAUUCAUUAUCUAUCUAUCUAUCUAUCUAUCUAUCUAUCUAUCUAUCUAUCAGUCUAUUCGUUAUCUAUCUAUCUAUCUAUCUAUCUAUCUAUCUAUCUAUCUAUCUAUCUCAGUCUAUUCAUUAUCUAUCUAUCACAACUGCCCCGCUUACACUUCUCCGCCUUUGCCUUCUACUCGGCUUCCUUUUCACUUCGUCUUUCGCCUCCUCUUUCACCUAGACGUCCUCUCCUUUCCUCUUGCAAUUUUUCUACUCUUACUUCCCCCUUUGCUUCCUCUCUCGCCUUUUUCUUGCCCUCUUUCUCCUCCUCUUCCUCUUCUAUCUCUCAGACGUUCCUUUCCUUCUGCAUGCACUUUUUUCUACUCUUACUUUCACCUUCGUCUUCUUUCUCGCCUUUUUCUUGCCAUGCUUCUACUCCUCUUCCUCAUUUAUCGCACAGACGUCGACUUAAUUCUCCUUGCCCUUCUUUACUCUUCCUUCUCUCUUCAUCUCCUUUCCCGCCUUUUCUUGCCGUCUUUCUCUUCCUCCUUUAAUCCCAAAAAUGUGCUCUUCCUUCCCCAUUGCAUAUUUUCUACUCUUACUUCUCCCCUCGUCUCCUUUCUCACCUUUUUCUUGCCAAAGGUCUUCUUUCCCCUUACACAUUUUCUCUCUUAUCUUCUCCUUCGUCUCCUUUCUCGCCUUUUUUUUCUUGCCGUCUUUCUCUUCCUCUUCUAUGGUAUAGGCAAGCUCUUCUUUCCCCCCUUUCACAUUUUCUCUCUUCUUCUCCUUCGUCUCCUUUCUCGCCUUUUUUCUGGCCGUCUUUCUCCUCCUCUUCCUCCUUUAUCCUUUUUAACGUGCUCUUCCUUCCCCUUGCAAAGGCACUCUCUUCAAAAAAUUUCAUCUCCUUUCUCGCCUUUUUCUGGCUAUAUCUUUCUCCUCCUCUUCCUCCUUUAUCCUUUUAGACGUGCUCUUCCUUCCCCUUGCACAUUUUCUACUAUUACUUCUCCCUUCAUCUCCUUUCUCGCCUUUUUCUGGCCGUCUUUCUCCUCCUCUUCCUCCUUUAUCGCACAGACGUGCUCUUCCUUCCCCUUGCACAUUUUCUACUCUUACUCUCCUUUCUCGUCUUGUUCUUGGCGUCUUUCUUUCUUUGCCUUCUACUCGGCUUCGUUUCACUUCAUCUUUCGCCUCCCCACUCUUCCUCCUUCUCUUUCGCCUAGACGUCCUCUUUCUAAAUUCACAACCGUAGGGAAAGCAACUAUCUAA